CUGUACUGUAUUAUUGUGUGGAAGGUCAACGUCAGGAAACGGUCCGGCGCCUAUUUACACCUUGUUCGACGAUUAAUUAAAGAUUUCUAUCGUUUUAGUUAACUAUUUAUACUCAUUAACCGACAUUUAUCUCAUAAAUAACUACAUAAUUUGAUGUAUGCGUAUGAAUCCAUCAAGGGAGAUUGAUAACGCUUCGCGAGAAGAAGCAGUGGAAACAGAAGUGGAAGGAAGCAUUACAGACGGAGGCAGUGCAUCUUCCGAUGAAAUGAAGAGAUCACAGGCUCGUGGUCUUAUAGAGCGGUAUUUCUACCAGCUCACCAAUGGCUGUGGAAAUGCAGGCUGUUGCAAUGAGUUCUGUGCCUCUAGUGGUCGACAAACCCAUCUCAGCAGCAAUGAGGCAGCAGCUAUGGCUCUGGAUCUGUUCAAACGUAAAGCUACCCUGUGUGAGUCGGCUCCUAACAAACAGCUCAAAACGGGCGAUGUAGAAGACCAAUCUGAUGGUACAACACCCAUGGAUGUAUCUCCUGCUGCACAGCCAUCUACGAGCUUUGCUAGGAAUACACCUUCAACUAGUUCAUCUGACGGUGACAAACAAACCCUCUUGCCAAAGCCCCUAGACACACAGAGAAGCUCUUCAGAAUCAGAUAGUAUAAAAGACAUCUAUUUCUUGACGGAAGCAAAGAUAUUGGAGAUCCUCAAGCAAUGCAUGGAGUCAAAGAACUUUUCUCCUCUUGUCCGUGUGAUUGGUCGAGUCUUUUCAUGUUGGCAAUCAUUAAACAAAAGCUUUUUAAGGACUGUCAAACAAGGUCUUUCAGAUAAGGAGAGAAAGCAGAGAGAUGAUAAGGAGACUGAUGAGAUGGAUGAAGGUCUGCAGAGCAUAAGCACACGUCUGGCAGACCAUGAUCUAGGAGAAUGCUCAUCAAAGGCCACGGAUACUCUGGAGGUAGACAUGGAGUCUGUGCAGCGGGUGUAUGAAGCAAUCACAAAGCUAGAUGAAGAGAGGGUUAAUAAUGCUAUGCUCAAUGCAGUCACUAGUCUGGCUCAAAUGGCUGAUGUGGAGGUAAUAGUCAACCCUCUCUUUCAAGAUGGUAGCAACCAACUGAACUUUAUCAUCAUCACCAUGGAGAAUCCCAUGAUGUCCAGCCCUGAGUACUUAGAAGUUGCCUUUCCCACCUUCUGCCGGGCCUUGAGCCAUCUCCCUCUCGCAGCCUCCUGCAAUCUUGCAAAGGUGUGGUCCAAGUUCUCACCGGUUAGUCUCACGCGCAAGGUGCAGGCAUUGCAGCAGCUAAUCACAUUCAAAGUGCUAAGUGGACACUUCAACUCCGGACCACGGAGAAUCACUGUUAAUGAGGAUGAUGCAAUAACUUCAGCAACAGACUGCAUGAAGAUCCUUUAUUAUGCAUGCAUACUAGGGGGAGUGGUGGAGCACCAGAGCAGGCUGUCCAAAGAGGAGGAAGAGCUCAAUCUCCAGGACUUUCUUGGAGCUCUCGGACAUGAAAACAAAGAAAGGAAACCGCCCAAAGAAGACUCCUUUGCCAAGAAGCUUGGUUUGACCGUUCUUGAUUGUCGUAAGCCCCUGAUCCCUUUCAGUGAGUUCUAUAAUGAGCCUUUGAAUGAUCAAUUGGAAGUUGACCAUGACUUCACCUGCUACAAGAAGGAGAGCGAUGGACGAUUUGCAUUUCUGAAUUACCCGUUUAUUCUAACACCAGCCACUAAGAGCACAGGCUUAUAUUAUGACAGUCGUGUGAGAAUGUUUCAUGAGAGGAGACUGACUCUGCUGAAUAGCUUGGUCCAAGGGGAAGAAAUCAAUCCCUAUCUAAAGCUUAAAGUCCGUCGAGACCACGUAGUAGAUGAUUCACUAGUUCGGUUGGAGAUGAUUGCUGUUGACAAUCCUAUGGAUCUGAAGAAGCAGCUGUAUGUGGAGUUUGAAGGAGAACAAGGUGUAGAUGAGGGUGGGGUCUCAAAAGAAUUCUUCCAGCUUGUCAUCCAAGAGAUCUUUAAUCCUGACAUUGGCAUGUUCACCCAUAAUUCAGACUUGCAGACUUACUGGUUCAAUCCCACAUCGUUUGAGACAAACCGUCAGUAUACCCUUAUCGGCAUUCUACUUGGCCUGGCCAUCUAUAACAAUGUCAUCCUGGACGUCACCUUCCCAAUGGUUGUCUAUCGUAAGCUGAUGGGACGACGAGGAGUCUUUGCUGAUCUCCAUGAUGCUCAACCUGUUCUGUACAACAGCUUGAAGGCACUCCUUGAGCAUGAAGAUACUGUAGAGGAGACAUUCAUGAUGAACUUCAUGAUCAGUUACAUUGAUGUCUUUGGUAAUACCAUCACGCACGACUUGAAGGAGAAUGGAGCUCAGAUCCCUGUCACUGUUGAAAAUAGAAAGGAGUUUGUUGACCUGUAUGCAGACUUCAUUCUUAACAGGUCAAUAGAGAAACAGUUUCGAGAAUUCAGGAGAGGUUUUGACAUGGUAACGGAUGAAUCUCCGCUGAGGAACUGGUUUAGACCAGAUGAGGUGGAACUCCUUGUGUGUGGGAGCAAGAACUUUGACUUCAAUGAGCUUGAGAAGGCCACGGAGUAUGAUGGAGGCUAUACAAGUACAUCGCCUACUAUCAGGUACUUCUGGGAGAUAGUGCAUAGUAUGGAUGAAGACCAGAAGAGGAAGCUGUUGAUGUUCACUACAGGCAGUGAUCGGGUUCCAGUAGGAGGUCUGGCAAAGCUAAGACUAAUCCUAGCCAAAAAUGGACCGGACUCAGACAGGUUGCCAACCUCCCACACCUGUUUCAAUGUUCUUCUGCUUCCUGAGUACUCCAGCAAAGCCAAACUGGAGGAGAGGUUACUCAAAGCCAUCACCCAUGCUAAGGGCUUCGGCAUGCUCUAAACCACCAGUACUCCAUCACCCAAGGCUGCCUGCCAUAGCAACAAAGCAAGAGAUGAUUAUUACUUUGAAUUCCUCUGAAGUAGAAUGCAUCAUUGAUUAUACCAGGUGUCAAGCAUAUUGCAUUCUUAUUCCUACUUCUGUUGCUUGAUUUCUUUUUCUUCCCUGUCUCUGUUUUGAUCAUAUUUUAGUCUUUCGGAUCCUCCUUUUCUAUCCUUAAUUCUCUCUUUUUGUUGACUUAUCUCUCUAUGUAUUUCAUUCUGUGUAUGUAGUAUUUCUGAUUUAAACUUUCUUUCUCUUGCCCCGGUUAGUCAAGCAUUGUGAUAACAUAUAAUAGUAAUUAACCAACUGGUAAAGAUCUGUUAUGCAUUGAAAUGAACAUUUACUAUUAUGCAUGAAAAUGUCUUACUGCAUCAUACUAUUGAAUUGUUAUGUGUGUGUGUGUAAAGGAUACCGAUACGCAAACGACACCAGAAUGCAACGAAAUGUAGAGUAAAUCACUUGAGAUAUCAACUUUGCUUCACAUUCGAUUUAUUUAGGUUACUGUCUGAAAGGUUUCACAUUGGGCAACCUUGUGGCAGAAUGUUUAUAUACAACCUGGUUAGCUGUGAGAAUACUCCUUGGCUUUGGGUUGCUACAUAAUGGUUGUGUACAAUGGUUGUGUAUAACACACUUGUACACUAGUGUAGAUUUCUGGGAUAGAUAUGAGGAAAUAGAAAUGUACAUGUUAAUUCACACAUUGAUACAAAUAUUCUCUACAGAUAGUCCAUUUUCCUAGAGAUGGCUGGUAUAGACUUGAGUUUCAGUCACAGUUAUUUAAUGCAGUGUACCUAGUAGUGUUAGAACUAUUUACCCAAAACAACAUACAAGGAAUGAAUUUUUUAGAUUGGGUUGUUUUAAUUUUCAAGUGCGAUUUUCACCAAAUACUACUACAUGUAUCUACCUUGUAAGACAUUCUCUCCUUGUUUUAAUUUUGUUAUUGAAAUGAAUUUGAUUAUAGAAACAAUUUUGAGAUCAUAUGUUAGACUCUCUUUUCCGUUCUGCACUUGAAGUAUAAGACAUCACCAUGGAUCAUACCAGUUUUUAAUUUAGCUGAAUUUAGUAAAUUGAGGAUUUAAUUUGAAUAUUGAGCUAUGAACUGAACAAAGACUGGACUUUAGUUAUAUACACAGGUUUUUUUUUCCAUGAGUGCAUGUACAAGGUAUGAAGAAAGAAUGAAUUGAUUAGUGAUUAGUGAUUCUCUUGGUAUCACUUCCAUUGGCCUACAGGAUUUCUCACAUUAUAGUAGGCAAUGCAGAAUGCAUGCACCUUCAGAUGAAGAAGAAAACAAAAUGGGGAAAAGGAAAAAUCAUUGCUUGUCGAUCGGUGCUCUACAAAAAUGGAUUUGAUGGAAUUGCAUGCC